AACUCCCUCCCUCCCCAGCCCCUCCGCGAUGAGAGAAGGGCCAAGUCUGUGCGCGCCAGCCAGCAGCGCUCUGUGCCAGGGGCAGGCGGAUGGCUCUCAUGUCGCAGGGUGACUGCUAGCCCUGCGGAGGCUCCCCGGCCGGGCCGGGCCGGGCAGGCGGCGGGCGGAGCUGCCCCGUUGCCGGGGUGCGGCCGGCGCGCCCCGCGGGAUGCUGGCGGCGGGGGAUGCGGAGCCGGCCGCGGACUAACAUGGGGGGCGGCCACUCCCACAGGGCGCCCGUCUUCGACGAGAACGAGGACGUUAACUUUGACCACUUUCAAAUAUUGCGGGCUAUUGGGAAAGGGAGUUUUGGAAAGGUGUGCAUUGUACAGAAGAGAGACACCAAGAAAAUGUAUGCCAUGAAGUACAUGAAUAAACAGAAGUGCAUUGAGAGAGAUGAAGUUCGCAAUGUGUUCCGGGAGCUGCAGAUAAUGCAAGGCCUGGAACAUCCCUUCUUAGUCAAUCUGUGGUACUCCUUUCAAGAUGAAGAAGACAUGUUCAUGGUGGUUGAUCUCUUACUUGGAGGUGACCUGCGUUACCAUUUGCAGCAGAAUGUCCACUUCAAUGAAGGAACUGUUAAACUGUACAUUUGUGAGCUGGCACUUUCCUUGGAUUAUUUGCAGAGAUACCACAUCAUUCACAGGGACAUCAAACCUGACAACAUCCUACUGGAUGAACAUGGACAUGUUCACAUCACAGACUUUAACGUAGCAACCAUAGUGAAAGGCUCAGAAAAAGCUUCUUCUAUGGCUGGCACAAAACCCUAUAUGGCUCCAGAAGUGUUCCAGGCUUUUAUGGAUGGAGGUCCAGGAUACUCAUACCCAGUAGACUGGUGGUCGCUAGGAAUAACAGCAUAUGAAUUACUGAGGGGCUGGAGGCCCUAUGAAAUUCAUUCAGCCACCCCCAUUGAUGAGAUACUCAACAUGUUCAAGAUGGAAAGAGUUCACUACUCAUCCACAUGGUGCAAGGGCAUGAUAGCACUACUGAAAAAGCUCCUCACUAAGGACCCAGAGUGCCGCCUUUCAAGCCUUGCAGACAUCCAAAACUCUCCAUACCUAGCUGAUGUCAACUGGGAUGCUGUUCUAGAGAAAGCUGUGACCCCAGGCUUUGUUCCUAACAAAGGAAGGCUGAACUGUGAUCCCACGUUUGAACUUGAAGAAAUGAUUUUAGAGUCCAAGCCUCUCCAUAAAAAGAAAAAGCGACUUGCCAAAAACAAAUCCAAAGAUGGAGCUAAGGAAACCUGCCCACUGAACGUACACCUGCAGCAGUGCUUGGAAACCGUUAGGAAAGAAUUCAUCAUAUUCAACAGAGAGAAAUUGAGGAGACAGCAGGAUCAAAGCGGACAGACUUCCAGCAUUGACAGCAGAGCAUCUCUUCAGAGCCACGAGAAGCUGCAGGACGGGAGGAACAACAACUUGCUGGGACACGGCUGCACCAGAGGCUGCAGCAGUUAGUGAGCACAGGCUGGCACCCAGCAGGGCGAGGAGCACACCCUCUCUGCACACCCCUUCUUCUGCAGCCCUGGAUCCCACCACACCUCAUCCCUCCAAAAGCAGCAUUCCUGGCCAAGGAAAACCCACACAGCACACUGGCUGAGAUUUUCCACGUACAACUCUGCUCUCCUCUUGACUCUGCCACUGGAGAAAUGACCAUCGGCAGCAAAAUGCAGUUUUUUAAGUAAGCGUGACUUUUGUUUCCAAAAUCCUGGAAGAAAACUUGAACAAUUCAUUAGGCAGCCUCUCAAAGAUUGCCACAUUCCUGGAUAUUUGCAAGAGACAACAUUGUACUGAGGCCAGCUUUAUCUUGAAGGCUUUAACAUUACCCCCAAUCUCUCUGUUAAUUGAAAUGGUCCAGUUUGAAAUUUUGUGAAACUGCUGGACACAGCUGUUUCUAAGCAACCACUGUUGAGUUUAUAACAGAUGUACAUGAUGUAAAUUCAUUAAUGUAGUGUCAAAUAGGCCAAACAUUGAAUAAUUUCAUUUACAUACCUGAAACUCAUUGAAAAAGUUGCAGUGUGAGUGUGUUCACAUUGUUCUUUAACAUCAUGUGUUCAGCUUUGUAGUAAAAGAUGUGACCCUGGCCAAGUCAGUUUUGCUAGUGACUUUAGUGGAUGCAGGAUCAGACACAUUAGUUAUGUAUGGUAACCAUGACAAAGAAAGACCUUUUUAUUUGUAACAAUAGGCUGACUGAGCCAGAGUUAAAAAGCAGUUUAGUAAGGAGAGCUAAAAACAUUAAGAAUUUGCUCAGAUCCAUCACUAGGUGUUAUAAAAUGUUAAGAAGAAACACUUGUUUGUCUCUGUUUUCAUGGAUCUAUUCUGGAUUGCAACUAUCUUGAAUAGAAAAAAACCUACUUUAGUCAAAAUAUUGUUGACAUGAAAUCCUUUUAUUUUAAACAACAGCCAAAAUUCCAAACAUUUAUGGUAUUUUACAACUUGUACAUCUACAUUUUGAUAAUAAAUGCAUGUUUAUUCUGA